AUGGCUGCAAUAAAUAUCACAUCAACAAUAAUAAUCAUCUUACAAUUUCUACUUCUAUCAACAAAUUCUUCAAUUCCUCCUCCAUUUACAAUUCUAAAAUGUUUCGAAUCAAUCGAUGCAACUCAUCUCGAACAAUAUCCAAUUAUUCAAUUCAAUGAUAAAAAAUAUCGAAAUCGAUCAGGUGAAAUUACACAAAAUGGAUUGUUGAUAACAACUCAGAAUAUUAGUAGAAAUGAUAUUUUGAAGUUUGGAUAUCCGGUAAGAUUUCGUGUUUGUGGAAGAUUUCUAAUUUUCACAUUUUUCCAGUCCUGCGUAAUUUACACGGCAUUUGAUGAGACAACGGUUUAUACUUGGUUUGGAGCAGUUUCUCAAAAUGUGUUGCCAUUUGAGUGUUAUACCAAUAAUACUCAACCUUAUCCGCCAAAAUCAUGUAAGUUGUCGGCAAGUUUCCGUGUAUCCAAAAUGAAUCUAAAUUUAAAAUUUCGAUAUUCCAAUUGUCAAACUUCUUCAGCCUGAAUCUGAAAUUUUCAAUAUUCAAAUUUAGGUUCAUUUUGAAGCCAUAGAAAUUUUCUACAGAAUUUUGUUCAGUUUUUUCAACCAAGUUUUUUUCCAGCAAGUAUGACAUGCAUCGACAAUGUUCCUUUCCCAUAUUCUCCAAUCAAACAAAACGGUUUACUUUGCUGUUGCACUCAUAAUAAAUGCAACUUCAGACAUCCAACAUAUUAUGCAAAACUUCGAAACAAACAAACAUCUAUGUUGAUGUCAUUUGCAAGAUUUUGGUUCGCAUUGAUCAUUGUCAUUUAUUUUAUGAUGAUUUUCACAUAUAUUUUAGUGACAAUCAAAAGAUUGGUCAAGAAAUUGAAUUGUCGAAAAAGAUCAAAUCGGUUUGACGAUUUGGAUAGUUACGAACCUCGUGAGAUCACGAAAAUGCAUUUAUUAUCAUUGGAAAAUACACAAGAUGUUGAAGAGGUUCCAGAGAUGGAGAAAGCUAGAAAUGAGCCGACUAAAGUUGAUGAGAAUGAGCCACCAAUGAGGACAGCUGAAGUCACACAAGUUCCAGACAAUAAAACGAUGAGAAUUCAAAGUGUUAUGGAUAAAACGAAGACGAAAACCAAGAGCAGCUUGUAUAAAAGUAUCAACAAAAAAUUGAAGCCAAGUUUCUUGUUUAGAAAUCGAAAAAGAAAAUCGGAAAAUGAGCCGGUUUCGACGGAUCGAACUCAAGAGGAUGAUAUUGUGCCACUUCCACCGAAACCGCAAGUUCGAGUUAUUGGAAAUCGUGUGCAGGGAAUUUCGAUGAAUUAUGAUAAUAGUACUUUUUCGGAUUUGGAAUGA